AUGGGGGAGAAGAAAGGGGAAGACAGGGCGAGCUACUUAGUGGUGCUACGUUCUGGCCGUUCUGUCGUCCAGGUCGAGCUCGAUCUAUUGGGUAGCAGGGGAGUUCUGAAGCCUGGAGAAAGGGGCGCGGCGGAGAAAGUGGGGAAAAGAAGGGGAGAGUGGGGAAAAGAAGGGGCGAGGGAGAAGGGGCGAGGGGCACAGAAGGGGCGAGGGGCACAGAAGGGGCGAGGGGCACAGAAGGGGCGAGGGGCACAGAAGGGGCGAGGGGCACAGAAGGGGCGAGGGGCACAGAAGGGGCGAGGGGCACAGAAGGGGCGAGGGGCACAGAAGGGGCGAGGGGCACAGAAGGGGCGAGGGGCACAGAAGGGGCGAGGGGCACAGAAGGGGCGAGGGGCACAGAAGGGGCGAGGGGCACAGAAGGGGCGAGGGGCACAGAAGGGGCGAGGGGCACAGAAGGGGCGAGGGGCACAGAAGGGGCGAGGGGCACAGAAGGGGCGAGGGGCACAGAAGGGGCGAGGGGCACAGAAGGGGCGAGGGGCACAGAAGGGGCGAGGGGCACAGAAGGGGCGAGGGGCACAGAAGGGGCGAGGGGCACAGAAGGGGCGAGGGGCACAGAAGGGGCGAGGGGCACAGAAGGGGCGAGGGGCACAGAAGGGGCGAGGGGCACAGAAGGGGCGAGGGGCACAGAAGGGGCGAGGGGCAGAAGGGGGGCACAGAGGGGCGAGGGGCACAGAAGGGGCGAGGGGCACAGAAGGGGCGAGGGGCACAGAAGGGGCGAGACAGGGCAGAGGCGUUCAGCGCCGUGCUCCUGUGGUCGCCCCUCUAGCUCGUGAUAUUGGGCGGCGGGGGAGUUCGGACGCCUAG